AUGAAUGUCCACACAGCUCCCAACCAGUCCCUGGUACCGGCUCCUAAUCUCAGCGCAGUCAACAGCUCCAAUGGCUCACUCGCUUGCCCCGAAGGUAAUUUCUGGGAGUGGCUGUACACCUUUCAGCCGAUUUACAUCAUGGUGGUGUGUGUCACUGGCGUUGUGGGGAACAGUUUUGUCCUGAUGGUCCUGUGUUUACAGAAAGGACGUUGCACGGUGCCAGAGCUCUACCUGGGGAAUCUGGCUGGGGCUGACCUGCUCCUGUUGGCUGGCCUCCCCUUCUGGGCCAUUAACAUUGCCCUACACUACGAAUGGCCCUUUGGAGAUUUCCUGUGCCGUUACGUCAACUCGGUGAUUUAUAUGAACUUUUAUAGCAGUGUCUACUUCCUGGUGAUGGUCAGCAUUGACCGUUACCUGGCUCUGGUGAAAGUCCUUCAUUGCGGCAGAAUGCGGACACUCUCAUGUGUCAAGAUCAACUGCUUCAUCAUCUGGAUGUUCAGCUUGCUGAUGAGUAGUCCCAUCAUCAUUUUCCGAAGAGUGAUCUAUGUGGAAGAUUUGAACUGAGAAAUUACAAGCCCCUGUGUAUGUCAUGAGAUGGCAGUCCCAGAGUGUACUGGAAUAUUGAAAAUAUGUAACGUUUAGC